AUGAAAGUGCUUCUAAUACUGCGAAUCAAAGGAAUACAGAUCAAAAUCCUGUUCAAGAAUUUUUCAGAUCAGGACUUCCUUCAUCCAAAUGAGAAUCUGUCUCUCAUACUUGUGUCCACGCCUAUGAACGGUAAGAACUACCACGGAUGGGCCAGAGCCAUGACUAUGGCCUUGAUUUCUAAGAAUAAACUUGCUUUUGUAAAUGGUUCAAUUUCUGUUCCAGAAAUUUCUGAUCAGCGUUAUGCUGCUUGGGAGAGAUGCAACACCAAGGUACUGUCAUGGCUGCAUCGAUCCAUUACUGACUUUAUUUCUCAUUCGAUGCUAUGGAUGGAUAGGGUUGUUGAUGUAUGGAAAGACCUCAAGGAGAGGUUUUCUCAAUCAUAUAUAUUUCGAAUUUCUGACUUACAUGAUGAGUUUUUUCGUCUUCAUCAAGGAGACAAAUCAAUAUCAGAUUAUUACACUCAACUCAAGAUCCUUUGGGAUGAGUUGGAGAAUUUGCAACCAACACCUUCAUGUAAGUGCAUUCGCCCAUGCUGCACUAUUGCAUCACAAGUGAGGAAUAUCAAGGAUAGGGACUAUUCAAUUUGGUUCCUCAAAGGGCGCAAUGAGCAGUAUUCUCAUGUGAGAUCCCAAAUCAUGCUUCUGGAUCCUCUUCCAUCGAUAAAUUGUGUGUUUUCACUGGUCACUCAACAGGAGAGACAAAUGUAUAUUGAAGGCAUGAUGCCUAAUUCUGUAGAUGGAGCUUCCAAUGUGUUUUACAACUCUUCUGCAAAGCAUAUGAUGGCAAGAGGAGGUUGUUUCAAUGCUAGAGGAAGAGGAUGA